AGAUGACUAUGAGGAUGAUGGAAGGUUGGAAUGGAAGAAAAAUGAAAACAAAUUGUUAAAUUAAAAUAAAGGUUCUCUUAACCAGAUUUGAAUUAGCGCUCAAUUUAUUCCUGGUUAAAGAUAAUUUUACUAAUCACCGCCCAAUGGUUCGACCGGCUUUUGACGUUGCAUGUUUUAUUCACCAUAACAAAUCAUCAUCUCACCAUCAUCUCACCAUCAUCAUCGUCAUCAUCAAAGAUAUGAAAGCUUAACUGUGAAGUCGCUUCAAUCGUUUUUCUCUUUCUAUUUCCCUUUCUUUAUUGCAGACAAUUUUUCUCUUACUUUUGUAUUUUAACUCUCACUGUUCUCAUUGCGUCUUCAGCUUUUUCUAUAGCCUAUUAAUCUGACUAUACGUUUUGUUGUUGUUUCUUGUUUGUUAUCUUAACAAUUAUUCAAGCUAAUACAAUUGUGACAAAAUGUCAGCUAAAGCCAUCCACGAGGCGACUGGUAAAAAUUUGUUGAACAAAUUUCUUAAUGGGACUUGUGCAUCAUCUAAAUUUGUUACUGUCAAUGAGUCAACUAAUUUUGACCAAAUUGUCCGAGACAAUGGUUGGUUAAAGACAGAAAAAUUGGUCGUCAAACCUGACCAAUUGAUAAAAAGACGAGGUAAAUUAGGUUUAAUUGGUGUUAAUUUGGAUUUACCUGAUGUACAAAAAUGGAUUAGCGAGCGAAUGAGUAAAGAAAUCCAGGUUGGUAAAGCCAAUGGAAGACUGAGAAAUUUUAUCAUUGAACCCUUUCUACCUCACCAAGACUCUGAAGAGGCAUACAUUUGUAUUUAUUCUCACCGACAUGGAGAUACCAUUUUGUUUUAUCAUCAAGGUGGUGUAGACAUUGGUGAUGUAGAUUCGAAAGCCAUUAAAUACGACUUGUCUGUUGACGAACAGCCCACCGAAGAACUAGUUAAAUCCAAACUUUUGGUUAACAUCUCUGACAACAAAAAAGACAAAGUGACACGAUUUAUCCUCGACUUAUAUAAGAUUUAUGUUGAUCUUUACUUCACAUAUCUGGAAAUCAAUCCAUUAGUGAUUUCAGAUGAUAUCCAUGUUCUUGAUCUUGCUGCUAAACUCGACGCUACUGCUGAAUUUAUCUGUAAACAGAAAUGGGGUGAUAUUGAUUUUCCUCCACCUUUUGGACGUGAUGCUUUCCCCGAAGAAGCUUAUAUUGCUGAGUUGGAUGCAAAAAGUGGAGCCAGCCUGAAAUUGACCAUUCUCAAUCCAAAAGGUCGUAUCUGGACUAUGAUUGCCGGUGGAGGUGCUUCAGUAAUCUAUGCAGAUACUAUUUGUGAACUUGGUGGAGCUACAGAAUUAGCCAAUUAUGGAGAAUAUUCUGGUGCACCUACAGAACAGCAAACUUAUGAAUAUGCCAAGACAAUAUUGAGCUUAAUGACCAAAGAAAAACACGCUGAAGGUAAAAUUUUACUAAUUGGAGGUGGUAUUGCUAACUUUACCAAUGUAGCGUCAACAUUCAAAGGGAUAGUGAAAGCAUUGCAAGAAUUUCAAACUAAACUGCAAGAUCACCAAGUUUCCAUUUUCGUUCGUAGAGCUGGUCCAAAUUACCAGGAAGGUUUACGGGUGAUCAGGGAAGUUGGUAAUACUCUCGGAAUCCCAGUUCAUGUUUUUGGCCCAGAAACUCACAUGACUGCUAUUGUUGCCAUGGCUAUGGGAAAGCGAGAAAUACCUCAAAUGCCUCAACCUAAUGUAACUACAGCUAAUUUUCUAUUGCCUGGAGGGAUGAUGCAAGGUAAUAAUUCAGGAAUGAUGAAUGCAGCUAAACAAGCUAAUUCUGGGGUCUCAGCUAAUGGCCUUACAUCAACUAGUGAAUCAGGUCCUACUUCCUUAACUUAUUCGGAAAAAUCUCUUUUCACUCCUACAACAAAAGCAAUUGUUUGGGGAAUGCAAAAUCGAGCAGUACAAUCUAUGCUCGAUUUCGAUUUUGUUUGUUCACGUAAGACUUGGUCUGUUGCUGCCAUGGUUUAUCCAUUUACCGGUGAUCACAAGCAAAAAUUCUAUUGGGGUCACAAAGAAAUUCUUAUCCCUGUGUACAAAAAUAUGUCUGAUGCUAUGAAAAAGCAUUCAGAUGCUGAUGUUCUUAUUAAUUUUGCUUCUCUUCGAUCUGCUUAUGAGAGCACCAUAGAAACAUUUCAAUACCCUCAGAUCAGAACUAUUGCUAUUAUUGCUGAAGGCAUUCCAGAAAAUUUGACUCGUAAAAUGAUUAAAAUGGCCAAUGUCAAAGGAAUCACUCUAAUAGGACCAGCUACUGUAGGUGGUGUUAAACCUGGUUGUCUCAAAAUCGGUAACACUGGUGGUAUGUUGGACAACAUUCUAGCUUCCAAACUAUAUCGACCUGGUAGCGUUGCUUAUGUUUCUCGAUCUGGAGGAAUGUCCAAUGAAUUGAAUAACAUAAUUUCGCGGGCAACUAAUGGUGUUUUUGAAGGAGUAGCCAUUGGAGGUGAUCGAUAUCCUGGAACUACUUUCCUCGAUCAUUUGCUUAGAUACCAAGCUGAUCCAAACAUUAAAAUGCUUGUACUCCUCGGGGAAGUUGGUGGAACUGAAGAAUAUGAAGUGAUCGAAGCCGUUAAAAGUAAAAAAAUAACUAAGCCUUUGGUUGCUUGGUGUAUCGGUACUUGUUCAACCAUGUUUACUUCAGAAGUUCAAUUUGGCCAUGCGGGUGCUUGUGCUCACAAUGAUAGAGAAACUGCCGUAGCCAAAAACAAGUCGAUGUCUGAAGUAGGAAUCUUUGUACCCGCUACAUUUAAUGAACUCGGAGAAACAAUUAAAUUUGUUUAUGAUAAGUUAGUUGAUUCUGGUGACAUCGUACCUUCACCUGAAGUUCCACCUCCAACUGUGCCAAUGGAUUAUAAUUGGGCCAGAGAGUUGGGUUUGAUUAGGAAACCUGCAUCCUUCAUGACUUCUAUCUGUGAUGAACGAGGACAGGAACUUUCCUAUGCUGGUAUUCCUAUUACAACCGUUAUUAAAGAGGAUUUAGGUAUCGGUGGUACUUUGAGUUUACUUUGGUUCCAACGUCGAUCCUCCUUGGCACCAUCUCGACGUUUGUCACUCUCUAAAAGACACGAUGGCAUAACCCGCAGCAAUAUCAAAUAUAGAAUUGUUUGUGCUCGAGCGGGCAAAGAUUUAGUUUCAUCACUGGUCUCCGGUUUAUUAACUAUUGGUGAUCGAUUUGGCGGCUUGGAUUGAGGAGCUAGACAAUACAGUGAAGCUUACGAUUUAGGCUUACAUCCUAUGGAAUUUGUGAAUCAAAUGAGAAAAAAAGGGCAGCUUAUCAUGGGAAUCGGACAUCGUGUUAAAUCUAUCAAUAAUCCCGAUAUGAGGGUCAAGUUAAUGAAAGAUUUUGUAAAACAAACUUUCCCCUGUACUCCAAUUUUAGAUUUUGCUCUUGAAGUUGAAAAAAUUACAACGUCAAAGAAGCCAAAUCUUAUUCUCAAUGUUGACGGUAUGAUCGGUGCUGCAACAGUUGAUUUAUUGCGAAGCAGUGGAUGCUUUACUCUUGAAGAAGCCCAAGAAUACAUCGAAAUAGGAUCUCUUAACGGCUUAUUUGUUCUUGGACGAACCAUUGGUUUCAUUGGUCAUUAUCUCGACCAAAAGCGUCUCAAGCAAGGACUUUACCGCCACCCUUGGGACGAUAUAUCCUACGUUCUACCAGAAACUCAGUUUGCUGGCAAUUGAGUUGAACACAACAAAUUUACAUUUACGUUAUCGUGUGCUCGUUAAACAUUACCUUAGCAAAGAAGUUUUGGAUUAAGUUAACCUUCAGAUAGUUUCUUAUGUUCGUAUCAAUUGCAAACGUGUUGAAGAGAUUACAUAUAACCUAUGCAUUUCUCUCAUCCUUUUGCUGCUUGAAUACUUCACAAUAUUUUGCGAUAGGUUUAAUUCCAUAUUUGUUGUUAUGCUAAUUUAAGAGUCAAUUUUUAGCUAAAUCAAAAUGUUGAAAAAAUAGGAUUAGUUUUCAAAUUCUUUAA